UCGGCGAUACGCAAAAAUGCAUUUUUUCCCCUGCGGUUUUUUUCCGAGUGGGCAUUCUCUUCCUCGAGGAGCCGGGCAUCCGUCUCGACGGGCCUGGAAGAAACCGGCGGAAAUGAGAGCCACGCCUCGGGAAAUGCCUCCGAAAAUUGGCGAAAAGCGGCGAGGAAAAAAUGGAAUAUUGAUGUGGUGAGCGGGCAGGUGUUCGGACGAGUGUUGGGUUCACCGCGCGGUUGGCCGUUGGGAGGAGGGUGGUGGUCCGCGGCCUAGUCACAACCCCCAGACCGUCACCCUCUAGCCAGUCAGUCAUCACCGCGACGCCAUACGGAAUAGACCUGUAAACCCAGACUUGCAAACCCACACACACCUUGGCCCACGUCCUUCUCGCCGACUGACUGACUGACUGUCUGUCUGACGGGGCUGGAGACGGAGAGCGUUGUCGCUGUUGCUGUUGCUGCUGCUGCUGCCUUCUUCUCCUACUCUUGUGUGUGUGUGACGAAAUCGCCAAUAGUACUACUAUACCCGCUCAUGACGGAGUCCGACGGGAUUGGCUUUCUGUACUUGUGAGUGCGAUGUGGUGCUGCCCACUGACUUGUUCUCUGUGUGAGUGGAAGUUAUUCGGAAAGUGAUUAGAAAAUUGAAAAUUAAGAGUUUGCGAGAUUUCACGUACUUUGCCGAACGUACAUUGUUGACUUACUAACAAAUAAGGUUUGUGAAGUUUCAACAUUUUGCAUUUACAAUUAACUAUGCACAGAAUACGGUCGAUAAACUAAACAUCAUUUUGUAAUGUUCUUUAGUGCCUUCACUCAUCAUCUUUUGUAAGCAAAGGUAAACUGAACUUGACUAUCAAUUCAUAAAGAAGAAAUCUGAACGAGACAUAAUUAUCAAAGAAUUGUUAUUUACAGUGUAUGUCAAAUUUGAAAAGUUGUAAACAAAUUCAACAUCAUAAUAACAAACUAGACCAGUUGAUGUUCCCCGCCAUUGACUGACUUACUGGACGUAAAAAAGUAGUCCUUCAACACUUGGCUCCGAUAAUAAAUUAAGUCGCCAAAAGCGCUCGUGGCAUCGCAAGAAAAAACAAGCAAACAACUGAAAACGAGGGACAAUUAAGAGCGUUUGGUUUCGGCCCAUCUCAGCGAGCGCCUUCUUCUUCUUCUUCUUCCAAACUUCUUCCAGCUGUAGGCCCUCGGGGAACGAACGAUCAAUUCUGGAGUAGCGGAAGAUUCUUUUUGAACUAGAAAAUCGCCCUGGAAAACGGGUCCGUCGCUCGCUGAGCGUUCGGCGACGGCCAGGCAGAAUUCAGUCGGCUGCGAAUUUCGUCCGAGGCGCUGAAUUGGAGGAAAAUACAGUCGACUUCAGUUUCCAUUUUGUUGAAUUCGGCGCCUUCAGAAUGGUUUAAAUAUUGAGUGGAAUUAUCCGCUUUCCAGCUGACAUUGAUGUUGUUGUUAUUUCAGUCAUAAUUAUUGUCCCUCCUGAAGACCUUCUAAGAGAGAGGUCUAGCGAGACCCUCUGACCCCUCCUUCCCCCGCAGCGCCUCCAUUACCCCAGAGUCUUCGACGAGGACCCCCGGGGCGUCGUCGUCGUCGUCGUUCUCCUUCCGGACGCCCACAUCCCGUGGGUGGAAGGGCGUUUGAGUCGCCGCCGCCGUGGCUCCUCAUGCGGGUGCCGCUGACCCGCGCGCCCUAAUGACGGUGGCGUGGCGCAGCGCAGGUGACAUGGCGACGGAGGUGGGCGGGAUGGGCGGCAUGGGUGGAGGCGGCGAGCAUCCGGGCGAGCUGGUCAAGACGGGGGCGCCCAACAUCCUGUGCACGGCCCUGCCGACCCACUGGCGGUCGAACAAGUCGCUGCCGAUGUCGUUCAAAGUCGUGGCGCUGGACGACGUCAAGGACGGCACCAUCGUCACCAUCCGCGCUGGCAACGACGAGAACUUCUGCGGCGAGCUGCGCAACAACUCCGCCGUCAUGAAGAACCAGGUCGCCAAGUUCAACGAUCUCCGCUUCGUCGGCAGAUCCGGCAGAGGCAAGAGCUUCAACUUGUCCAUCAUCAUCAGCACAGCGCCCGUCCAGAUGACGACUGUGACCAAGGCGAUCAAGGUGACUGUGGAUGGUCCCCGCGAACCACGGAACAAGUCACGUGAGUGGAUAGUUGGUCACCCCGGCUGGGGAUUCCCCCUAGGAUACCACCCGUGGCUGGACUCGCACCUCUCGGCCCUAGGAUACAAUUUAGGACUCACGGCGUUUAACCCCCUGGCUCACACAAAGGCCCUUGAGCUGGCUCGAGUCGGAGGCAACGGCUGGUUAGAUGCCUGGCGCGGUGCCUCCGGUCUCGUGGGCGGCCUCGGAAUGGGCGUGGGUGGAUCUCCCCUUCCCGGAGCUACUCUUAGCGGGCUUUCCGCCCACUCAUUACCCACGCUGCCCACCCACAAUCCCCCACAGUCGCACGCCCUUGCCAGUAUCACCAACUCUGAAAUUCCAAGAUCGUUAUUAAGCGACACCAGGUGUCUCAGAUGUCGGGGCUGUGAGUCGGGAGGUCCCUGUUCGUCCAUUCUCCAUCAUUCCUCGCCGGUGUCGUCAUCUCCUUCGGCCAUAGCCUCCUCCUCAUCCUCCUCCUCCUCAUCUUCCACCUCCUCCUCCACAACUACAAGCACCAGCAGCAUCACGAACAGCAGCAGCGGUGGGGGCAGCAGCAGCAGUAGCAGCGGGGGCAGCAGGCCACCGCCCUUGGCUCCCAUCGACGGCCUUAGCGCAUUUUCCAUCCCCCGGUCUCUGGGAACGGCCAAGACCACGUUCCCGUCCAGGGACUCCUCCUUCCAGCCAGUCAAACCAUCCAGCGAACGGUCGCCCGAGACCAAAGUCUGGAGGCCUUAUUAGGAACGAAGUGUAAGAAAGAAAGUAGGAAAGAAAGAAGGACAGUAGGGUGUACAAAGGCUCUCCCUGGAAAGACCCUCUAAAGUGACAGAAACGACAAAAUAAACCUAUCCUUUUCGGAGGGCUUCAAAAUGCUCUCCUUCUUCUCUUCUGCCUCGACAUUGGCUAGGACGUUGAAAUAACGACAGAGCGCUUUAGUGAAAUCUGAUAUUUAAUGAAAAAAAAAAAAGACUUCAGUUACAGGAACUUGUGAUAUCAAGUCAGAUUGAAACAAAACGAGCAACGCUGCCUAAUUGUUAUCUGUCGAGUGUUAAAGACAAAUUCCUGGAGGGUCCAAAAGGGAAGGAGAGUUAAUGAUUUCAGCUCAGGUGUUUGAAGUAUCGUCAGUACAGUGGGAUAGGAGACACUGAAGUGGAAUAAUGCCAAGGGCCUCGUGAAUUUUUCGAAGAGGAUUUUGCAUCCCUCGCCAAACAGUUUUUUAAAGCCACUGGAAUAAAUUGAGUGAUUUAAUAAAUUUAAUGAGUAUCAUUCAUCUGGAAGUCAACCAGUGAGCCGUGAGAAUGCAAGCAACCUGAUUGAGGUUGUUCCGAAAGGACUGAAAUUUUUACAAAAGAAAAAAAAAAUUGGUUAUGAAUAUAUUUUGUUCUUAUUUAUUUCGUGACAAAAUUGCGUGUCAUUCUUGACAGUUUCUUCGGCACUUGGCGGGGAACACGUGAAGCGUGUUUGGCGGGAAAAGAGAAAAUGAGUGAUUGAUAACUUCAUGGAGGCCGAGAGAAUGUUGUUUGUACUGAACUGCGUUGACAUUUUAGAGUGGUGCGGAAAAGAGCGUCGAGACCAGAAGGAAAACAAACUAGCAGACAAAUAAAUGAAUUAAAUAAACCUGCAGGGCAACGGACCCCAUCUUAAAUAUAAUUACGAAGCCUUUAUGUGUGAUAUUUAAUCGAGUCUUGAAAACAAAGGAAAUUAACCCAGAAUACAAAAUAGUGAAUAAGGACAAUUAAAUAAAUAAAAAAAACAAGUAAAAGUGAUAAUAGUACAACGUCGAAUACAAGAGAAAAAUGGGAGAAACUCAGAAAAUAACGCAAGAACAUCUCCCUGGAGGUGAAUCGAAGGUACGGACGCAAAAUCCUUUGCAUUGUUUACUUGUGGAGUUUGGAAAAUCUGACAGCAACCGUGAUGAUUGAAAUCUGGCAGGGCAGAUUUUCAGAUUUUUAAUGAGCACCCCCGACUCCGCAUUUACAGGGUAUAACCACUAUAUCAUCUUUGUGUUGAAUGCGUUUUUUUUUUCACCCCUUUUUGGGAAAAAUGUCAGUGUUCUCUAAUUGUAGGGUGUAUUAGAUCCGAAGGCUGAAAGAUUUAUUAUUAUUAUUAUUAUUAUUAUUAUUAUUAUUAUUAUUAUUAUUAUUAUUAUUAUUAUUAUUAUUAUUAGCCACUUUUGGUGGUAAAUUUGCAGUUGAUUUGCUGGUGUCUUGAUUCUCAUUCAGUUCAUUAUUAUUAUUAUUAUUAUUAUUAUUAUUAUUAUUAUUAUUAUUAUUAUUAUUCAGUAUCUGAUACUGUUUAGUCAGCGGUCAUGGUUCAUUAUCAUUAUUCAUUUUGAAGUGUAUAACUUGCUUUUGUGUGUGUGUUUUUUUAUAUUUUAUUUUUGCAUUUUGGUGUUCAUUGACAAUGGUUUUCUUGUUUGAAAAACUUAUUAUUAUAAUUUUUUCAGUAUGCUUUCAGAGUGUUUGAUCUGAGCCUACCACUCGUUGUAUAUAUGUAAUCCUCGCCCCCCCCACCCCCAUGUGUUGUCUAAGUCAUCUUUUUAGCUGUUGCUAUUUGUUUUGUUCGGUUUGUACAUAUAUGUAAGUGAAUAUCUAUUUAUUUUAGACCUCUCAUCUCCUUAUUUUUCAUGAAAAAAGGAACUUUAAUCAAAUAAAAUAAAAGCGAAAUAAAAAAAAAAGUGGUUUUGUACCGUAGUGAAACUGACCUAACACCACCUCAUCUACCCCUUCCCUCCCUCCGGCCCCCCUCCACCAGUAGUCAGGCUUGCGCAUGUGUCGUGCGUCUGGAAGGCAAGUGCAUUGUUUACUCUCAAGAAAAUCUUGCUGCCGGGAAAAAGGUUGUACUGUAUCCCAGACCGGAAUGCCAUUUGAUUUAUGCUUUGAAAAUCACGUUACGACAAUAGUUUUGUCUGUUUCUUUUUUUGGUACUCCAAUGGUUUUUCUAUUUUAUUGUUUGACAUUUUUUUGCUGGAUUAUGAGCUUCUUCUAGCUUAUAUAUUUAUACCAAAUCGGCGACGCCUAUGUAAUGAUUGUUGACAAAGAGUUUUCAUCGACGCUGAACCAGUUGAAUUCAAAUGAAUUGGUUAAUAUCGUAUUUUUAGGCUCUGGAAUCCUCUAGCCUCUUCUGUUAUCCCUCCCCGCUUUUAUUCUCUUCCUUAUCAUGUUUGGGACUAAGAAUCAGAAUUUUUUUAUAUUUUACAUUUUUAGUCAAAAGCACUUCUUGAAAAAUAAAUAGUCAUCCUUAAUUACUGAUGCUGCUGGUAACUAAUUUAUCGGGUAAUGUGAACUGGCGUCGCAGCAGUUAUGGUCAUCGACGCCGUACUGAAGCAGCUGUGUAUUUGUCUUGCAAAUGUGUGACAUGUUUGUUUUAGCCCUCACUUUGUAAAUACUUGUAUACAAUAAAUGUUUCAAAAUAUG